UAUUCUCUGUUCUGACAAGAAAGGGCAAGGUCCCAAGGCACAGCUUUCACAAUCUGAGGACCAAGUCCUGGCUACAGAGGCAGAUUUCAGUUGUCUUCUCCCUUAGGGCCAGGUCCCUAGACCCUGUCCAGUUCUCAUCCCUAAGGCAGCCAGGCUCCCCCCCAGGUUGGGGGUUCUAGGGGGAGGAUUGCCGUGCACAGACCAAUAGCUGAACAACCAUUAGUGGUCUGGUAACCGUUCCCUGGUAACGGGGAGGCGGCGGGGGGGCGGGUAAUGGCCCGCACCAACCUCUGCUGAACCACGUUCUAUUACAGUAGAAAGAAAUAGCCUAUGUUGGAGGAAAGAGCCAGGUUAAAGGUUUAGAUAGAUGCCUGCGUUUCCCAAGCAACUGAGAAGGGUAGGGCUGUAGGGAGGAAGCCAUAGGUUGACAGAUGAGGUGGGAUCCAUAUCCUGACGGGGCAUUAAUUAAGUAAUCUCCAAUACUGAUUCCAAUAGCACCCUCCUCUCUUCCCAACCCCCCUCUCCGCCACCUUUUAUAUGGCGGGUAAGCGAAGGAUCUGGUCCCUAAUAAUCCAGGAGGGUCUCCCGGGAUCCCUGCGCCUGGUACUCCGACAGAUUCGCUAUACUACUUCACAACCAGUUUGCCAUUCGGAUGUUGAGAACUCACGGAGCAAACCGGCUCGAGUGCCGAAAGUGGGACAGGAGAGAUGGGAUUCGAGGGAAUUCCAGGGUCUGUCAUCCCAGUCGCUGGGGCAGUGAAGAAGGAAGACUGUCUCAGGAUGUCCUUCCGGGACGCCCAGAGGGCCCCAGUGAGGAACGAAGCUAGUUGACCCCGGAUGUGUUUUCUCCCCAGGCUGACCCCCACCUUCCGGCCGGAGCUGCCGCUACCGCGGAAAGCUUGACUCUGGUUUCUGAGUCGAUUGUGACCAUGGCUGCUGAGUCUGAUGUUCUGCACUUCCAGUUUGAACAACAAGGAGAUGUAGUCUUGCAGAAAAUGAAUCUCUUGAGGCAGCAGAAUUUAUUUUGUGAUGUGUCAAUUUAUAUUAAUGACACUGAGUUCCAGGGGCACAAGGUGAUUUUAGCUGCUUGCUCCACCUUUAUGAGAGAUCAGUUUUUACUCACUCAGUCAAAACAUGUCAGAAUCACCAUCUUGCAGAGUGCAGAAGUUGGCAGAAAAUUGUUGCUCUCUUGCUACACUGGAGCACUUGAAGUUAAAAGGAAAGAGCUUUUGAAAUAUUUGACUGCUGCCAGUUACCUUCAGAUGGUUCACAUUGUGGAAAAGUGCACAGAAGCUUUGUCAAAGUAUUUGGAAAUUGAUCUUUCUAUGAAAAAUAACAAUCAGCAUGUUGACCUCUGUCAAUCCUCUGAUCCAGAUGUUAAGAAUGAAGAUGAAAAUUCAGAUAAAGACUGUGAGAUCAUUGAAAUUUCAGAAGAUAGUCCUGUAAACAUAGAUUUCCAUGUUAAAGAAGAGGAAAGCAACGUUUUACAGUCUACAGUAGAGAGCUUGACCGCAGAGAGAGAGGAAAUGAGAUCGCCAGAGCUGUCUUCAGUAGACAUGAGUUUUAAAGACAAUGAAAUUCGUAUCCUCCAUGUGGAAUCUAUCAGUACUGGGGGUGUAGAAAAUGGAAAGUUUUCACAGCCUUGUACCUCUUCAAAAGCAAGCAUGUAUUUCUCAGAAACACAGCAUUCACUGAUCAAUUCUACAGUUGAGAGCAGAGUGGCAGAAGUCCCUGGGAAUCAAGAUCAAGGCUUAUUUUGUGAGAACACUGAAGGAAGUCAUGGUCCAGUGAAUGAGAUUCAGAAUCUAGAGGCUGCUUUUUCCUUGAGGCACCAGUGCCCCCGGUGCCCUCGAGGGUUUCUUCAUGUUGAGAACUAUCUGCGCCACCUUAAGAUGCAUAAACUGUUCUUGUGCUUACAGUGUGGGAAAACAUUUACACAAAAGAAGAAUCUCAACAGGCACAUUCGAGGGCACAUGGGCAUACGGCCCUUUCAGUGCACUGUGUGCUUGAAGACAUUUACUGCGAAAAGCACACUUCAGGACCACUUGAAUAUACACAGUGGGGAUCGGCCAUACAAAUGCCACUGUUGUGACAUGGAUUUCAAGCACAAAUCUGCCCUCAAAAAGCAUUUAACCUCUCUCCAUGGCAGAAGCAGUGGUGAAAAACUACCCAGGCACGAUCUGGAAAGGCAAAACCUACUGUAACUAGAACCACACCUUGUUAUGUAAGCUGUAUAUCAUUCUGUUGGGCAAGUCUUUCUAUAGAAAUGCAGCAUUUGUAAUAUUGCAUUUCCACCCCCAUCUUUAGACCUUAUUUUUGGUCUACCUACACAUGUUAUUCUUUCUGAACUUGUACUACCAGUUCCAAAGUGUGGGAGACAUGAUAAAGCUGAUAGGAUGCUGUCUUGUCUCAUGCAUUAUAUAUGAGUCUCAGUGGUUUAUCUCAAGAAAUAGUGUUCCUCUUAAAUAUUCUUGAUUCUAUUGACAGAGGAUCCAGCAGUAUUUCCAGAUUCUGAUUUCAGAUCCCUAGAUAAUGGAUAUAGGUGUACAAUCCAACCAUACCAUAAUUUUAAUAAAUUAGGAUACUGAGAAGAGGAAAAAAAAUUUAAAACAUACUAUUAUUCAUUAUUAGUCAUUUUAACAACAGGUAGGACUAGUUAAUUUUUUAUAAUGAACUAUUGGAAAUUCUAAACACCAUGAUACCUGUUGUUUUAAACUAUAAAGGAACACCAUUCAAAUUCACUUGGAAGUAGCAGAAUUUCCUUAUACAUAAAGGUAAUAUUCCUUACAAUAGUAUAUCUAUGAGUUGUUAGUAUAUAUAUUUUAGAAUGAUUAAUUAGGCCCAGGUUUCGUGAUUUUAUUUAAUAUGGUGACAUUUAAUAAUUUUGUGGCCAGUAAAAUUAUAUCAAUGGCAUGAAGCUCUAAGGUAUUUGUUAUGUUUUCUUUUUGAAAUUUAUUUUGUUAGUUAACAUACAGUAAAAUUGACUUGUUUUUGGUGUACAGUUCUAUGAAUGUUUCUAUAUGUACAGAGUUAUGCAGCCACCACUGCAAUCAGGAUGCAGAACAUUCCAUCACCCUCCAACACUUCUGUAUGCUUCACCUUUGUAGUCACUCCUCCUCCUAGCACUAAACCCGGGUGCCAGUUCUCCAUUUUUAUAAUUUUGCCUUUUCUGAGAUACCAUGAAUGGAAUCUUAUAGUAUGUUCCCU